CCAGUCAGAUCCGCCGCAAUGUCUGCAGAACAAGCGACAACAGCUGCCCCACAACCAAAGCCUCCCGUACAGGUUCUGUAUUGCGAAGUCUGCACGUUUCCCCCGGAGUACUGCGAGUUCGGCUCGAGGUUGUCGAAAUGUAAGGAGUGGCUGAAGAGCGAGCAUCCGGAUCUGUAUGACCGCUACUACUCCGAAGAGGCGCUGCAGUCGAAGCUGGGCACGAUGAGUCUGGAGCAGCAGACGAAGCUGGAGCAGGAGGCGGCGAAGAAGGAGGCAAAGGCAGAGGCCAAGGCUGAUGCGAAGAUGAAGAAGAAAAUGUCAUCGCAGGUCCAAAUUAAACGGAUACAGCGACAAAAGAACAAAUACGUAACAGCCAUUCACGGCCUCGAAGCCUUUGACAUCGACCUGAAGAAAGCCGCGAAGCUCUUCGCGCAGACCUUCGCCACGGGCGCCUCCGUCACCAAGAACGCCCAGGGCCUAGACGAGAUCGUCGUCCAGGGCGACGUCAGCGACGAAGUGUUCGACAUGAUCAGGGAGGAGAAGGGCGUGCUCAAGGGCGUGCCGGAAAGCAAUGUGGAGCUGAUCGAGGAGAAGAAGAAGAAGUCGUAAGCUGGUGCGAGACUGUCAAGAAAGUCUGGUAUGAAGUGUACGAAUUUGUAGCUGUAGGAAAUUGUAUUGCUCGCGGAUAACACGAUCAAGAAGAAUAUGGAAGCGACAUGCAAAUGGUAUCCGUCGCUUAUAUGGAUGCUCGGCCACUGUAAUGGCUCGAUA